UCGGGCCGGGGCCCGUGUCCCUCCUCCGUGUCCCGGCCCCGGCCCCCGCCGCCGCGGCCCGCGGCCUGGGCACGCACCCGAAGAGGGAGCCCAUGGAGGCGCUGAACAGCGCGCAGGCCGCCCGGGACUUCAUCUACAGCCUGCACUCCACCGAGAGGACCUGCCUCCUCCGGGAGCUGCACCGCUUCGAGUCCAUCGCCAUCGCGCAGGAAAAAUUGGAAGCUCCUCCUCCCUCUCCUGGAAUGCUGAGAUAUGUGUUCAUCCACAAUGCAUUGCCUUUCGUAGGGUUUGGCUUUCUGGAUAAUGCAAUCAUGAUUGUUGCUGGAACUCAGAUAGAAUUGUCUAUUGGAGUUAUCCUUGGAAUUUCCACGAUGGCAGCUGCUGCUUUGGGAAAUCUUGUGUCAGAUUUAGCUGGACUUGGUCUUGCAGGCUACGUGGAAGCUUUAGCCGCUAGGUUAGGCCUUUCAAUUCCUGAUUUGACGCCGAAGCAAGUCGAUAUGUGGCAAACACGACUUAGUGCCCACUUGGGUAAAGGUGUUGGAGUGGCCAUUGGUUGCCUUCUAGGAAUGUUUCCUUUGCUCUUCUUUGGCGAUGAAGAAGAAAAACUGGAAGAUAAAAAUUAACCCUUUUAGAAUACCUAUAAAAAGAUGUAAACUAAUGUACCUCAGUUAUUUAGUAUGCUGUCAUGACAUUUAGGAAGUAAGACAGUAACAGUGUAUAGACACGGGAACAAAAAUCCAGCAUGUUUUAUGAAAACACUAACUUAUUGUGACUUUGUCUUAGUACAUACAUCUUUUUAUAAAAAAAAAAAACCCAAAACAGUUAGCAUCCUAUUAAUGUAAACUGUUGAAAUGCCUUUACUGGUGGCAAUCAACAUUUUUCAGUGCUUUAUCUCCAUUGUAGUAAAGUUAUUUUAAAAAAACUGCCAGUCGAGGAUGCAUUGAGGGGAUUCAGAUUUGCAUAUUUGGUAUAUAACCUGGCUCUCUGUUGUUCCAAUUCAAGCUCUGGCUUUUCCUCCAUUUUCCUUUCAUUUCAAUUAAAAGUUCAUGAUAUUUUUCUUCCCUGACCCUACCCAGGCCCCAUUUUCAUUUUCAUUCUUUUUAAAAUAUUAAUUAUGGUAUUUGUUAAGUGCUUAACUGUGUGCUAAGCACAGUUGUAAGCACUGGGGUAGAUAC